UUUCAUCAAAUUAUGCACAAACCAAAAAUCACAAGAGCGAUGGAUCACAAGAAAAACAAGAGAAAAAACGAUGGGGGAUCUUUUCAAUCUGUUAGUUUUGUACUGAGAUAUAAAAGAGAUAUCGGAUCAGGCAACAUUUUGAUAACCCAACAUUUUAACGAAAAGAUAAUCUCCCCUGGUGAAGAUGUAAGCCUACAGUGUACUGCAACUUCAGAUAGACCACCUCGAUUCAUUUGGGAGAGAGACGGUGUCGUGAUCUCGUCGAAUACGGAUUCCAGACAUAUUCUUGGUCAAAUGAUGUCUUCGACUGGUGUAGGUGUAAUAUCCCACUUAAACAUAUCACGGGCAAGAGUAGAAGACGGGGGCUUAUAUUCGUGUGUAGCGUUUGAAGGCGAUUCCAGCACAAGACAUACAGCUAGAAUAGAUGUAUAUGGUCCACCUUACAUCAGAACACUUCCACCAAUCAAAGUUCAAAGCGGCGAUUCUCUGAAACUAAAAUGUCCAUACUACGGUUUUCCCAUCAGCAAACUGGAAUGGGAACAUAAGGGCAAGAAAAUUAUGAGUUCAAUGUUACCACAACACACGAGAUAUAAACGGACUUAUGUAAACAAUAAAAAUCGUAAAAACACAAGAAAAAGACGAAGGAAACGACAAUUAUUGCAAAGCAGUGAAGAUGGUGUGCUCAGUAUAGAGAGAGUUGUCAAAGAGGAGAACGGUGAAAUGUAUACUUGUAUAGUAUAUAGCCCAUCAGGAGAAAUGGCUAGAAGGUCAUUUGAAAUUCAAGUAGUUGAAGCACCUGAAUUAGACGAACUACGAGUCGGUUCAGGAUUGAAGGAAGGACAGAUUGUACAAAUAACGUGCAACAUAAUCAGUGGAGAUCCACCGAUUUUUUUCUCUUGGCUGAAGGAUGGGACGAAGAUACCUGCUAGUUUGAAGAUAACCGAAAGGAGUUCAGAACUGUUCAGUGUUUUGAUUAUAAAGCGAGUGUCUCUCGAACACUGUGGUAGAUAUACUUGCAUAGCCACCAACCACGUUGGAAAAGUUAAUCAAACUACAGAUUUGUACAUAAAUGUCGCACCAAAAUGGGUAGAGGAACCAACGAACACAUCACUACUCUUGGGGCAACGCGGUAUCGUAGAUUGUAAUGCUAAUGGCUACCCCACACCACAGAUACACUGGAUGAAGAGAGAUGCUGCUCUUGGUAUCUGGCGUCCAAUCCUCGACUUAGCUGGUGGUGGUGUUUCAAGCUAUCCCAAUGGCUCGUUAUCCUUGGAAGUGGUAUCUUUAGGCGAUGAAGGUGAAUACGCCUGUCACGUAGACAACGGUGUUGGAGAUCCGUUGCAUAAGAAUCUGUGGAUAAGCGUUAAUAAGCCGGUGCACUUUGAGUCCGUGGGAUUAAACCUAACUACCAAAAUGGGGCUGCCGAUGACUUUAACCUGCCAACCGUUGGGAGACAGUCCAAUACGAAUCAAGUGGAGUUUGGACGGGAAUCCUGUAGAAUUUACGUCUUCGAGGAUAACAAUAUCAGAAAGUUCAACAACAAAUGGUAUGAAGAGUGUCAUAAACAUUAAUUACGUUGAAGGUAGAGAUGGGGGGACGUACGAGUGUAGAGCGAGUAAUCCCUAUGGUGUUGCUACAUUCAAUAUUUACUUGAAUAUACUUGAACCUCCGACCCCUCCAAUGGAUCUCCAAGUGGAUUCCAUCACAAGUUCAUCAGUAAAAUUAUCGUGGCGUGACACGAUCAUGAUUCACGUUCAAUACUACAGUCUUCAGUAUUCGUCAAACCACUAUACUUUAUGGGAUACGGCUAAGACGAUAAAUAUUACCAGGCAAGACAAUGAUAUCCGGCAAAGCAUCGAGCUGCGUGAUCUCCAGCCGGCAGUCGACUACAGAGUGCGGGUCGCAUCGGGGAAUCAAGUCGACUUGAGCCCUUACACUCAACCAGUUCACUUCACCACAUUGCAAGAAGCACCAUCUUCAAGCCCUCUUGGAGUACAAGUACAACAGACAGACAACCCUGGUGAACUAUUCGUAUCAUGGAUACCACCAGCUCGGGAGACUCACAAUGGUGCACUACAAGGAUAUCACGUUAAAGCUGUACCUAGAAUUAAUGGAGAAUCGGGUACAAACGACUCUCAAACGAAAAUUGUGAAAGUAGUUUCUAGGAAAGGAAAGCAGGAGACUGUCUUGAGUGGGCUUUUAAAAAACGCCAGGUACGCGGUUUCUGUAAGUGCUUUCAACUCGGCUGGAAACGGACCAUUUUCUUUACCAGUCUAUCAGACUACGAGGGAAGGAGCGCCCGAGCGCGCGCCGGCGGGCGUGGAGUGCGUGGGCGCGUCGUCGUCGGGCGUGCGCGCGGCGUGGCGGCCGCUGGCGCGCGCCGCGCUGCUCGGCUACGCGCUGCUCUACUGCGCCGACGAUGGCCCUUGGCUGAAUAUCACAACACCACACACGGAGUUAUAUCUCCAGGGUCUCAUGAAAUACACAAACUAUACGAUAAAGGUCGCCGGAUUUUCCAACUACGGUCUCGGACCGUUCUCCUAUCCAGUUGUUUGCACAACUCUACAAGAUGUUCCCGGACCUCCAUCAGCUAUAAAAGCCCUAGUGUCAUCUUCCACUUCUGUUCUUGUGAGUUGGAAGAAACCUGAUCAGCCCAAUGGAGAAAUUACUCAUUAUACCGUCUACGUGAAACCCGUUACGAGCACCAACGCUCCACAGAGCUACAGAGUAGAGUCAACGCAGGAGGCCAACCUGUCCCGUCAGUUGACCUUCCCACUGUCAGGUCUCACGACUGGCAUGCAAUACGAAGUAUUCGUCAGAGCGCACACUUCGGCUGGAGAAGGAGCCCCUAGUGGCAGAGUUCAUGUAGAAGUCAGUGCCAGAGUGGUGGCGGGCGUGUCGUCGCUGGGCGGCGCGGUGUCGGCGGGCGAGGGCCGCUCGCUGCUGCUCGUGUGUCAGUGCGUGGGUGUGCCGCCGCCGCGCACCGUGUGGUACCACAAGCACAACAUCAUCACGCACCAUCCGCGCUUCACCAGGAACCACGACGACAGCCUGCUCAUUAACAACAUAGACCAAUCUUUAAGCGGUAACUACACUUGUCUAGCCAAGAAUUUAUAUGGAUCUGACUCAGUUUCCUAUGAAGUGUCAGUUCUACCGACCCCUGAACCUCCGAUAUUGAGAAUCACUCCUCACAAAAACGCCUUACAUUUACAAUGGGACCAGCCGAGGAAAAUUGCGGGCAAAAAUCAAAAAAUAAUUUACGAUCUAACAUGGAAAGAAGCAAAUGGUCCCUGGCAAGAAACGUGGGCGGACAAGGGAACCACUAUACAGGGGGUUCAGGAAUAUAUGUUAGAGGGAUUGAAGUGCGGCACGAAGUAUUCAUUGCGGAUGACAGCGGCCAAUAGCGUUGGUGCAUCGCAACCAGCUUAUGUCGAUGCGAUGACUUUAGGAGGAGUUCCAAUAGCUCCUACAACAACAGAGUGGUUCUGGAGUAAUUCCAGCCACAUCUACAUUCAGCUCAGUGGGUGGGACGAUAAUGGCUGUGAGAUCACGAGGUGGGAAGUGGACUACAAGGAAUAUGGAAGCAAAGUGUGGAAACGAGCUGAAAAUAGAUUGCAGCCGGCGCCGGCGCCGUGGCCGUUCGCGCCGCAGCGCGGCUCGUUCGCGGCGGGCGCGCUGGCGGCGGCGCGCUGGUUCCGCUGGCGCGUGCGCGCCGACAACAGCGCCGGCACCACCACCGCGCUCUACGACUACGCCACCACCACCGAGCGCGGGGAAACGAUUGGUCCACCGACGGACUACUUCGAUAUCAACUUGCUGGUGAUCGUGUGCAGUUCCAUAUUACUGUUUCUGUGUUUGGUGACGUGUGUCUACAUUCUAGUUAAGCGACACAAUCACCAAAGACUAACAGAGUACAGGAACUCAUUAACCGGAGAGUGUAAGUCGGAAAGAAGCGCCGCGACCGUCAACGCGCCGCAGAGCGCGCCGGCCGACGUCGCCAACCGCGUCUACAGCACGCCCGUGCACCUCACGGCCGACAGCAAGCACGAACUAUAUGAGAUAAGUCCGUACGCGCAGUUCGCGAUCGGGUUCCGUACGUUCGGUCACGUGGACAACCAAGAAGCGCCGCGACGGGGGAAGCGAUACGACAGCGAAACGAGUUUUCAAAUGAGAUCAGAGUCGGAGGAAAGCGAUUGCGUGUCGCGAACCACCACACUGAAGAGCGCGCCGAGAAAAGCAUGCAGAGUCCCACAUCACAGGUAG